AUGCCGACGAAGAAGAAAGCCGGCGGCCGAAAGCGCGACAAUGAGGCGGACCUUGCUGAGCUCGAAAGGCUCCGGAAGCAAGUCGCUGAACAGGCCCGCAAGGAGGAAGAGAACCAGGGCAAGCGCCAAGUGAGCAGUCGGCGCCAACGGACACUUGUUCGCUGGGAUGUGGAUACCGACAUUCGCCUUCUGCUGGCCAUCCAGUAUGCCUGCAAUAAACUCGGCGUCAAGAUUCCGUGGAAGGAGGUCGCGGAAGCUAUGGGAGAGAAGUUCACAGAGGGUGCAAUCGUUCAGCAUUUGUCGAAGCUGCGUACCAAGCGGGAUGAGCAGGAUAAACCAAACCCGCCUCCACUGAAGCGUGCAGGAAAUGGUUAUCACAAGACCGACACAAGCAACAAGAAGGAGAACCCUGCACCGAACACUCGCAGCACAAAGCGCCGUCGCCUUGAUGAAUCCGAUGAGGAAUCCGAAGAUUCUAUUUACACCCUGAAGAAGAAGCAGUUCUCGAAGAACAAGAAGAAGGACAAGGUUUUUGUUGCUCCCAAGCUGCGUACAAAGCGUGAAGAAACCGACAGCGAUGACUCGCAGAAGCUGGUGUGCGUUGGAGCGGAAUGGUUGCGUGACUUCGAUGGUCGCGAUGACCGCGAGAUCGAUGGCGAAUCGGCUAGUUCUGAGGAGAAUGAGAACUCGACUGAAAGUAGCCAGGCCACUACCCAGGCGACUAAGCAGUCAAAGAUGGUGACUCUCAAGGUUGGCCGAGAGUGCCUGGCAAGUGUUGACCGCAACGUUGGUGACUCUGCAACCUUCCGAGACCCCGUCACCCCAACCAACCCGAUGCGCGUCACCAACAUGCAACCCCGUCACCCUUCCUACUAUCCUUACAUGCGCACUGAUUCUAUUGCUCCUUUUUCGCCUCCCACUCCGACCCCAUUUGCUAAUAACUCUCGUGUUAACAUCCCUUUCCCGUCCAAUGGUCCCAGCCCAUUUGACGUUGUCAACCGGUUUCCCACUGCAAUUUCUGACGCUGGUCCUGGUGUAGCCCCUAGCUCUGUCUCCGGUGGAGUCUCUACCUUCAAUGGACAGAACCUUAGUCCAGAAUAUUCGCAGUUUGAUAUGCCUCCCGAAAUGCAAUUUGAGGACCAGUAUGCAGUGACCAGCUACCCUGAAGCUGAUGAUUUUGAUGGCCAGUUCAUUUCGGACGCUGAACUGCUUUCGCGCCUUCCGGAUGUAGAGCCACCACGCUACUAUGGGUAUGAAGGUGAAGACACUAAGGAGUUUUAA